AUGACCAGGAAACAACAGGACCCAACUGUGGAGGAUGGCAGAAGUAGAAAAAGGGCUCUGAAACCAGUUGUGGAAAAGAAAAGAAGAGAUCGAAUAAAUCAAAGUCUGGCUAAACUGAGAAGUCUGCUGCUGAAUCGUACUUCAGAUCCACGUCUGCAGAACCCUAAGAUUGAGAAAGCAGAGAUUCUUGACUUGGCUGUGGAGUAUCUUCAAAAGUGGACAGAAGGGAGGAAUCUGAGCAACGUUGUCUCAAACUUUACUGACGGUCAAAUGAAGACUCUCACUCCUGUGGCAGACCCUCAUCACUCAGAGUCCAGAGCUCCUUUGCUCUGUAACAUAGAGAGCGCAGGUUUUCAGCAGUGUGUGGCCCAGCUGAGCAGCUACAUGCACAAAAUAACAUCGACACAGAGGACGAGCCUGAUCGAGGGCCUGAAGCUUCACAGAGAGAACCAACAGACAAGCAGGACGGAGGCAGACCUCAGCCACGACGUGACAGACAUGACCAAAGGGUCGGAGGAAACAUCUAUGGAUUCAAUUUGCACAUCUGAGAGGAGAGACGAUUCCACCAAGCUGCUGUUUCCAUCUCACUCUCCGUUUCAGCCCCACUCGUGCUCCACACCGUGCCACGACUAUCUGUCCCCUCCUCCCUCUCCCUGGCUCUCUCCGUCGUUCUCCACAUACGCCACCUCUCCUCCUUUCCCGUCAUUUACCUCUCACUUCUCCUUCCCCUCCAGCCUGUCACCUCUGUCCUCCAACACCUCUUUCUUUAGUUUCUCGCCCACAGUCCCUCACCCUGGCCCACCUGUUGGCCACUGCCCCCAUCUCACCACACUCAGACCCCCCACACACCCAGCAGCGAGGGAGGGGUCACCGCCCGACUCUCCCUCAGCCAUGUGGAGACCUUGGUUCUGUUGA